AGAAGGCCAAAAAAAGAAAAGUAGGGGUCAAAUUGAUACUAAAUCAAUUUUCAGGGACCAAAUAGCAACACAAGAUUGGAAGAGCUGGAGCGCAAUCAAAGGGCCCACACAUUUGACAGUGUGAUGACUAAUGCCACAUUCAUGAGUUAGCCGUUGGGACUGCUCAGGCGACUACUUCUGCAUCAUCACUGAAAAAAAUUCUUGAAAACAUCAAAGAGAAGUUGUUGUAAAUUGAACUGUGUCUGAAAAUGGAUGAUUUCUUCUCCGAUAGCGAUGGUGAGAAGGCAGUGGAAGAGCUCUUGUCUCAGGCUAUGGAGUCGACUGUGCUUGAGCAGGUGGCCGCCAUUAACUGCGCUGGUUUCACGGAUUCUGGCCUGCCUUCUCACCUUGAAACUCGCUUCCAGAGGCUCAAGUCGUUCCCAUCAUCCACGGCGAAGCCCACUUCGCUGUCUACGAAAAGCUUCAGUCUUUCACAUCCUACAGAGUUCAAGAAAAUUGACUCUGUAAACGAAGCGAAAAGUUCUGAUUCCGUUGAAGAGAAGAAUGGGGAAAGAAGUGAAAAGGUGUCUUCUACGUGUUUGAAGAAAAGCCCAGUAGAGAAAGUUUGUUUGUCACCUUCUAAAUCGUCUGAUGAUGGGAGUGUUUCACCUGCCAAGAAGAACCCACGAGAGAAAAUGCAGAAGAAGGGAAGAAAAUCACAUUCUUCCUCUCCUUGGGAUGAAUUUUCCAGUAGGUCUGUUUCUCCACCUGCGAAGACUGGUUGCUUCUUGUGUUCUCCCAAGAAGGUGUCAAGGAAGAAGAAUAAAGAAAACAGGGGUUUGGAUUUGGGGCUUGAUUGGGGGAAGCAUGAUGAGCUUCUAUCUGACUUGAGUAAUUUUUCAGUGCAUAGUCAGAGAAAGAUGAUAAAAAAGGCUAUGGAGGAGGAGGAGAGAAUCUCUAGGGAGGCUGAGAAAAUUGUGAAGUGGGCUAAGCAUGCUUCUGCAAGGAUGGAUGUUUCAAGCAUUGAAGAUGAGCUAAGUGAUGAUGAGAAUGCUAAAUUUCCCUAAUCUGUUUUCUUUCUUACCAUAUAUGAUAUAGUUCAAAUUUUCUCUGAUGUUUUAUCUCUUUGCUAUGGUGUUCUGGUCUGAUUUGAGGGGAUCAGUUAUAAUUUAUACAUACAGGAGAUAUGAACAGUAUAGUAUAAGAGUUGUCUACAUGUGAAACACUUGAAAAGAAAUGAGUGAAAUAUACCUUUCUUCUGCCUUCUUGAGGAAAAUAGAUGAGUCUGAGAUUCGAAUUUGAUUGAAUUUGUUGAUGCUUAUGGAUUGUUGGAUGUUGUAGGAUAUACUUGCUUGGUUGGUGGCCCUCUUCAAUUGUGCUUUUCUAUCUACCUUGCUAGACAUUAUGGGAACUUUGAAAUCAAGGUGUUUGCUGUUGUAUCUAGGAAUGUAGGAUGGAAGGCUGGCCUAAUUAGGACGGCACCAUAGUAAACGAUCAUUGAGAGUGUUUGGAUUGCUUGUUGGUUUGUUACUCGAGUGUUUGGAUUGCUUGUUGGUUCUUUACUCAGCCGGUUUUAUUCCAUGCCGAAACAUUCAAAAGAAGCUAAAUUACUUCACAAGUCCUUUUAUGUUUCAUUCAGUAUUGCAAAUCAUCUUCCUUAUAUUACUUGCAAUUCAUCUUGUGAACGCAAUGAUGGACUGAGAAACUUGGGAGGAGAAUUUUAGUACUUCCUUGUACUAAAGGG